AACAAUUCAACAUUUAUCGACACAACCCGCAAAUCAACAGGAAGCGCAAGCAAAUCUUCAGAAACUUACGAGACAGAAGGAAAUUAUGGAACAGUUAUUAAAUCAAAAGAUCGCAGGACUGAUGCAGUUAAGAUUGGCUUUAGGAGACAAAUUACAAGAAACUUUUACAUUAAUCAACACCCUUCAGGCUCAAGUUCUAGAUGAAGAAUUAAUACGUUGGAAAAGGGACCAACAAUUGGCAGGAAAUGGGUCCGUUUUUAACAGUAACUUGGACACAAUUCAGGAAUGGUAAUUAACAACAAUUCUUUAAUUCUUAUAUGCUAAA